AUGGGGUCCCUACUGCUUUAUUCGGUUAUAUUCUGGCUGCUGAUGGGCAGCGUCGUCUGCAUCUACGACGACAGCUUUGCGUUCACUUUUAAGGAGGUGAAAAGGGUGCACACAACCAAAAGUGACCUCCUCAAAUUUGAAAUGGAGCUCGUUUUGUCCUUCAACACGGCAAAGACUGCGAAGGAAUUUUUCCUAACGGCGUUGAUCCCUGCCAAGAACCUGCGCGUGCUGGCCUUCCAAAGAGAAGACGACAAGGCGGUGCAGGAAAAUGUAGAAAUUCGCCUGAACAAGGAAGUUGCCAGAGAAAAAGACCCAUGUGACUACCUAAUAACGUCGAAGAUGUAUCUUCUGAAGCUCUCCACGGAGGAGCUAACGAAAUUUAAAAUACACCGCUACCCCCUUUCGAGCAAAGAGAAGCCCCCGCCUGUCCCCCCCCAAUACGAAUACUCGGAGCACUCGCUAAAAACCUUCCUCCCCAGCGAAGGAACCAUCCACCCCUCAAACUACUUUUUAAAAAUCUCCGUGGAGGUUGCCAAGGGCGGGUUCAGCUCGGACGGCGUUUGGAUUUUCGCCCUCGCCGAAAAGAACAGCUCCAGCACGGGGAACCAAGAGUGCACGGUUUACUCGAGUCAGCUGGCAGAGGUGUUCCUCCCGACGGCCACCCACAACGGCCUCUCCCUCCUGUACUGCAACAGCGCCACCAACGCGGAGCUCCUCAACUUAGUCCCAGACUUACGCCAAAGCUUCGACGUAAAAAUAUUCGCCAACAAAACGUUUUAUGGGGCCCAGGGGGUGAAGUACACGGUUCAAAUGGGCUUAGGCAAAAUCGCGCCUGCGCUGAAGCUGGACCAAGUGGUGAUCCGCCUGAAGAUGCCCCCCGACCUCUGCUACGCCAGCUCCUGCUUCGGUGCGAACGAGGAGGACCCCUGCCGGAACGUAAAGGCGGGCCCCUUCGAGCAGUGCGCGUACACCUUUAGGAACUACGAGUUUGUGUUGAAGUCCAGCGCGGGCCAGGACGCGCCCGACCAAGUGGAAGUGCUGCUCAACAACAUCAACCACCCCCUCGUCAACCUGGAGAGCAACAACGAUUGGAAAAUCAACCUCCUCACCGUGGACAGCUCAAACUUCAUCAUCAGGAGGGAACACAAGGAGAUCCUGGAGAAGGUCUCCAACGACCUGUGCUCUAGGAAGUUCAUCAGCAAAUUUGUGGACGUUCACUCGGACAGCGUCACGUGGAUGAACUCCCACCUCGCCGUGGUGCCCACGCCAGCGCUGACGCCCCUCGUGGUGGAGCCGACCGGCCAGCACGGCCUGCUGGAGGACCCCCUGCUCGUGCAGCUGAAGCUGCGCUUCCCGGAGACGCACCUCUUCAGCAAGUGCAGGGUGGAGCUGAAGACCAUCCACAGCUUCGCGUCAGUCACGAGCAGCAGCGAGCAGAGACUAGACCGCCACAACUUGAAGCUGAUGCUGCCCAACUCGGCAUCCAAGCCAGUCCCAGACGACCAGCACCGAUUGCAUGUCCAAAAGAAAUCCAUCCGAAACGAUGAAUUGAUACAGUUCUCCCUCAACGUUACCAAGUACAACAGUAGGGACUACUGGAAAAUCACCAUUAGCUGCUUAAAUGGGGAGAACGAAUACGUGAGGGAGGCACAGGCCCUGUUUACAUAUCCCCUACCAAAUAAGAAGAUGUUCCUCAGUGACCUUAACUUGGGGGAGGAGCUUGCCAAAAGGACUUACCUCUUCUACCUGCAUGUGUUCCUGUUCGAUGAGAAGGAGGUGGAAAUUAAGUUGUCCCUGCAGGGCAGCUCCACGCCGUUGGUGGCACCCCCCCCGAGUGGAAUGGACGCAAUGGAGACAGCGGAGAGGACGCACCUGACCGACGCGUGCGACGCGUACGUGCACACCUCCUGCUACGAUCUGGUCUACCACGAAUGCUCGAAGGAGAAGCAGACCAUUUCUUAUAAAAUUAAUUCCUACAGAUCGACGGACAAGCACUUCACCGUGUUGUUCCCACUUGUCAUUCCGGAGGGAGAGACGCAGUUCUCCCUACAAAUGAGUCUCGAAACGAAGAAGCACUCCAAACGUGUGCAGAGAGAUCUGCACGUGGACGUAGAGAAGAUGCUAACCCAUAACGCCAAAGCGCCGUGCGUAAAUAACCUAACCGUAGCAUUGCGAAAGUAUCAGUCGUAUGAGUCCCACUUGUUCCUCCUCUUCAGAGCGGUGAAUUGCUAUCGAGUGUAUGAGCCCUUCCUGAUUAACCACCACAACAGUGAAGGCUUCCAUGCAAAGGCGGAUUCGUCACAGCAUGGAGACAAGUUUACCUUCCAGAAAACAUACCGGCAGACAUUCCCUGUAAACUACGAAUCCGUUUCGCAGCUCAUUUUCGAUCAUCACCUGAUUAGCAUCAUCACCAUUAUCCUAAUCGAUGACGCGUUUUUUUUAAACUCUCAAAUGCGAAAUAGAGAAGCGGAAAUUGUAGAAUUUUUAAAAAAAAAAAUGCUCCCCCUUCCGUACAAUAAACACUACGUAGUUAAUUACUCCAACCAAAACCUCCUCAUCAGCAUGUACACAUACGUCGAUGCUGGGAAGGUAAAAAUUGACAUCGUUCAGAAAUCGUCAGACGUCCAACACGUCGUGGCCGCUUUGGAAAAAGUCAUCUCCUUUGCUGAAUAUGUAAAGGCGAAGGAGACACACUACAUGCACAGCGAGUAUAGCAUUUUGUUGCUGACCGACAUCGAAGGAAUGGACACCGUGAGAGGGGCUACAAGUCAAUAUGUCAAAAACGAAAAUGAUGUGGAGAGAAAUUUUUCGAGGAUUUACGUCCUAUCCCUUGAAAAGGGGGAGGACUUCUCCAACAGCAAUGGUAUGCCUGAUGAGUCCAUUCAGAACGUUCAGAAUAUGUACACAUACAAUAAGAAGAAAACGGACCGAAUUUUUUUCACCUCGUUUCACAAUUACACUGUUGAUGAGGAACUCAUGGUACACUACGCCAAGGCAGCCAUCCAAGAUUACAUCCUCCUGCACACACAGAUUUAUAAAACGGCGUGGUACCUAAUAGGCAUAUGCAGGUACAACGUCGUCAAGAACAGCCCCACCACAAGAAAACUGCACUUGUUCUACGUCAACAAGAACGUUAAAACUGUUGAGUAUUCCAUUUCGGCUGAUGAGGCCAAGAGCGUGCUCGACAACUCCUCCGCUGCCUCCUACCAGGACAUGUGCAACAUUUUCACGCAGCUGCAGUUGUUGGGGCAUAGGUAG